CGCGUCCGGGGGAGCCAUUGGGGUGUCGGAACUUUAUAAUCUGAUAAGAUUGCCAAGACUAUAGCGGAAUUAAGGCGCGAUUACGCAUGUGUGCAUUCGGCAGCCGGCAGUCGUUGUACGAAGCACCGUCCUUCAACGUCUGAAGAGCGUCUCGAAGGAUAUUACUUUCUCAAGGCAUUCCUCGAGGGUCGUCGGCCAUUUAAAGUCAGGUCGGAUGUGUGGCCGGUGAAUACUAGCUCCUCCGGCUCGGGAGCGACGCUGCUCGGCCUUGCCUCAUCUCCGACCUCAACGACUGUUAUCUCCGACUCCCAUCUCGUCCCUUUUCAUUGGCCUCUGCCUGCAUCAGACCCGGUUAAACAUACCGAAGCUCUUCAGGCAGCAAUCGUCUCCUUUCGUACACGCCCACGUCAACGCUGCGGGACGCGCAAACACGAAACGCACGUCCACCAAUGAGGCUGAGAACGCUCAACGGGGCUCCUUUAUGCGAGCAGCUCGACUUUGGCCCGGAAACCUUGCUCGCCGCCGAGCAGAUCGAGCAGUUCCUCUAUGAGAAACCAUAUCAGUCCUCUCAGGAGCAAGGCACUGCGCCUCCGCUGAAAUGGCGACGCCUUGCAGCCAAGGACACGCGUCUCCGUACUGGCUGGUCACAGCCGUAUCUCCCAGUAGGCCCAGUCCACGGAAGCAAUCCGGAUCUGUCAUUCUCGAUCCCCGACGUGGAAGAUGCGGCGAGCAUAAUACCAGAGGAUACCACGAACCUUGACACGACACUGGCUCCCCACAAUCAGUACACGGGUAUUCAAGACUUUGUCCAACAUUCCCUCAUCUUCCAUGAUACCCUGCUAUCAUCACAACUCGCCGCCGAGGCUGAGCUUGACCACACUGUUUCCUCGUCUUCAUUCCUAGGCACUUCGUUCGAAACAACGGGUUCGGACAUGGAUGGUCUUGAGACAGCCAGUAACCAGAAUCUACCUGUGCAAAUCCCUUCAACAUUAGCGCUCACGUCCCUGGCUGCUCUUCCCAGCCCGCAACAUUUGCGGUCAAUCUACCCACAGACGCCGACCCCGAACUUCUUGUGCGUUCUAACGGCACCGCCUGAGCAACGGCAAGUCGUCGUCAGGAAAGGCGGCCAUAGAAUGAAUCUUCACGAGAUUACCGUCGCGGACAACACCAUGUCAGGCUUCAAAGUAUCGUUCUGGAGUCGGCCGACGACCGACGGCAACUCUUUACAAGGCUCAAGAGAAAUCAGUCUCGUAAAGACACUGGAGCGAGUCAGAGUGGGCGACAUACUGCUUCUGCGCAACAUCGCCCUCAACAUAUUUCGAGACACCGUCUACGGACAGUCGCUGAACCCAUCCAUUACCAGAGUUAAGACGACCAUUGAGGUUCUCAUGAGCGGUGGCGGCAUAUCCAGUUACCAAUUGGGUGCCCUACCUGGCGCCGUUGUCGCGGCCUUUAUGAGAGUGAAGAAGUGGGCAAACACGCAUGUUGCUCCGGAUCGCGGCCCCUCGAGGAAGCGCAAGGGAAGGCCUGAAGGAAGUGCAUUGGCAAAGCGGUCGCUCAGAAGUUCAGACGUCCACAAUGAAACACUCCCGCCAGAUACCCUCGAACCAACUUGAAGGAGCUACAAAGGUUUGAGCAUACACAAGAGAACUCGUUAGCAAUCAGUGCAAGCCUUGCAAAGUCUGAGCAGACGCUCAUGGGCCAAGGACAGUCUGCUGUGCCAGGAUCUGUUUCAUCCUUCAACCUCGCCAGAAGCCUCGGAAGUCGAAUC